GUAAGCACUCCAGAGAAAACAACAACUGAACAGCUGUUUUUAGUUUUGCAAUUUGUUUUUGUUUUGUUUUAAUCUCUCAAAAUUAUGUUUUUACCUACGCAAUAACACUUAAAUAUAAAUAUAUUUAUUAAUAAGAUGCUCAGAUUCGUACUCUCGCCCAGGACUGGUGUCAUCUGUGCGCGUAAUUUCUCCCACGAAAAGCCGAAAAAGAGGGAAACCCACUAUGAGGUGCUAAAUAUAAGUAAUGACUGCAGCAGCAGGGAUGUCCGCAACGCCUUCGUUAAGCUCUCCAAGCUGUACCAUCCCGACGUGCUGAGCAAUGCAACCAGUCCCGAGCGCACAGCUCGAUUCGUGCAGAUAUCCGAGGCUUACAGGACGCUUAUUAAGCCACAGAGGAGGCGCGACUACGAUGACAGCCUCCUGUGGGAACCACAACGCUCCGAUCGCAGUCCCGUGGGCGAGGAUGGCAGCAGUCCCCGAUGGGAAGUGAAGCCUAACUACGAUCCAAAUCCGGGACCCUACUAUGGCAUCAAGGGAGUGAACAGGGUGUCCAACUGGCAGGUGGCCUUGGUAUUGAUGGCCCUCGGGGUGUUUGGUGCCCUUUUUGGCUUUGCGUCCGUCAAGCACUCUUUUGAGCUAAGUCGCCAGAUGCAGGACGAAAUCUCGGCAGAAGCCGUGUCCCACCAUGCCGCCGUUGUGGCCGAUGCCCAGAAGUACGGCAACGAGGAGCAAGUGCGCCGCAUGAUGGAUCGCAUGUCGCGAAACCCCUUCAGCCAGGCUACUGCGACCAAGUAGAGCACAAUUCUUGUUUUGCUUUUUAUGGACAAAAUACGAAAUUAAACGUAAAAGCAGAUAAAUA